CUCAUCCGGGGUCAGGGAGCAGCCAAACGUAAACACACCAGGAGUUUCCCGGACCCAGGUUCUGGCUCCUGCGUGGAUCGCCAAGCCUUGGCGAAUCCUUGCAGCCAACCGAAGUCAGAGGAGGCGUCAAGCUAGCCCGACAGACAGCGGGUGUGAUCAACACUGAAAAAGAUGCCAGCACUGGCUACCACAUACGAAAGAAUAGUUUACAAAAAUCCCUCUGAGUACCACUACAUGAAAGUCUGCCUGGAAUUUCAAGAUCAUGGAGUUGGUCUGAAUGCUGCACAGUUCAAACAGCUGCUUAUUUCUGCCCUAAAGGACCUGUUUGGGGAGGUUGGUGCUGCCUUACCUGUGGAUGUCCUGACCUAUGAAGAGAAGACCUUGUCAGCCAUCCUGAGAAUAUGUAGCAGUGGUCUAGUCAAAUUGUGGAGUUCUUUGACCCUGUUAGGAUCCUACAAAGGCAAAAAAUGUGCUUUCAGAGUGAUUCAGGUCUCUCCAUUUCUCCUCGCGUUAUCUGGUAACAGUAGGGAACUAGUAUUGGAUUGAAUAGUCUUCAAUUCCAGAAACUUUUCCUCU